AUGGGUCGACCAUUCAAGCACUACCUCCAAGGCGCCCGUAUCUACAGCUGUAGCAAUUGUCGUAGCCAUGCUGCGGACCACGACGAGAUUAUAUCAAAAUCUUUCCAGGGACGACACGGCAGGGCGUACCUUUUCUCAAACGUAGUGAAUGUUAUGGUAGGUCCCAAGGAAGACAGGCUGCUCAUCACGGGACUGCACACAGUGGCUGAUAUUUACUGCGCUGAGUGCCAUGAGGUCCUCGGGUGGAAGUACGAGAAGGCCUACGAGGACUUGCAGAAGUAUAAGGAAGGAAAAUUCAUAUUGGAGAAGGCCAAGCUGCUGAAAGAGAACUGUAAGGAGGCGAUUCUCCCGAAUUGUAAAAGGGUUUUACUUGAAUUGGAUAAUUUCACAGACGACGUAGCUCCUUCAUAUUAUUGUGUGUAA